UGCUCAGCGUCGAUGUGUACUAUGGAAGGAGGAGAUGGACGACGUCCAUAAGCGUCUGUCUGAGGAGGCGCUGUUUAAAAUAAGUUUCAGUGAUAUUCUGCGAACUUUGGAGUCGUCUUUACACCUGCCGCAAAAUGCAAUUCACAAUGCGCAACGUUUCCAGGCGCUUACCCAGCGCCUAUACCUGCGACCCGAUAUCGCAUCGCGUUGGUACCUGGAUCAGCAUGAACGUGGCUUGAUUGAUGACCAUAAGAUUAAAUCGUUUCGCGAUAUUUGCGUUAUGCUGUUAGACCGUUAUUCGGAAACAACGCCCUUUAUUAUUAAAGGAUGUUGCCAGCUGUGCCUGGUUGGCGGCGAGCUUGGCCGGCAGUCGAUGAGCAUAUCAGCCGACGCCUGUCUAAGCUCCGACCAGGAUGUGGUGAGUGUGAUUCUGGAGGUACUUACCCCGCUAAUGGAUAUGGUUGAUUCCUUCACUGUUGAACUGCAGUACAACCUGAUGACCUCACUUACUCGUUUACCUCAUAUGCAUGAAUUCGCAGGGUGCCUCCAGCCGUUCAUCCACAACAUCGUAUCGGAUGUAGUCCGUGAUCCUUGGGGAUCUGAUUAUCUGGGUCUUUUGGGUACCGCCUGCCUAGAUGAAGAUAAUUUGAUUGACCUUUUGCACUACAGGGUAUCGGAACGCGUGAUCCCCGAGCUGCGCAGGUACGAGUUGACCAUAGGCAAGCUUUAUGGCAACCCGCAACACAUCGACCGAGUAUGCAAGGUUUUACAAGUUGUAGGCCUUACCGUGAGUGGCGUACCCGGUACCCUGCUGUCGCAAUUUAUCGGGGAUAUAGUGAUCCCAAAUUUAAAGGCCCUUAUAGGUGAACGACAGGGUACGGCCAGACUUAAGGAUGGCGAGGCGCGUGUUUGCAGUGCUUUGAUAGAAUUCUGCCGCGAUGCCAUGCGCGCCAGUGACUUCACUUUUGACGAACUAUGUUUUGGUUACCACCUGUUCGACCUUUUGUUAGUCCCUGUUAAGGAGGCUGGCGCACAGCCCUUGGUUCUAGCAGCAUCACUGCGGUGUCUGGCGGUGAUACUCGGGAACCAAAGAGUUGGAGAGACCUUUGUCGCCACCUUCACCGAGGACGUUGACGUAAGCGUGCUCAUGUCGUACCUCAAGGCUGAGCGGAUACAAAAGUUAGCUGAUGAACGAAGUGAAUAUGCGCUGACCCUAGUCACCGAGCUUGCAUCGUUCAUCGCGCACGUGUUGGACCUCGUGCCACACCACCCGCGAGUUCGGCAGCUGGUGGAUAUAAUGUACGAAAAGGGGCUCCUGGCACUGGUCAUUGACUCCAUGGCACACAGUGCAGUGGAUGCCACUGUCAGGGUUGCUUUAGUACGCGCUUUGGUGCGGUUUCCACUAGACAAGAUAGAUGCGGGUGCCAUGGCCACGAUGUUAGGUAUUUUAGUACCCUCUAGUUUGCGCGACUUUGAGCCUGAGGUCUUCGGGUAUAUCGUGGAUGCGCUUCGGCAUAAGCUUGAGUUUUACGCCAUUGAGCCUAUUAUCGAACGGACAUGCUGGCUUUUAACGGAGACUUUAAAACGAUCGGAUGCACAUUUGUAUGAGCAGGUCCAUUUGAAGUGCGCGUCGCUGCUGCAUAAAGCCAGUACCAUGCCCACUGGAUGCCUGGUCAUCAGGGAUGAGUCUAAGGCAGUAAUGCUACGCAAGGCGUUGCGUUUUGAACAGGAGUUUUGCGCAUACGACCACGCUGAUAUACGCGUUGAGCUUAGUUGCGUUGGCGGUGACGUUGAAUUUAUAGCCCAGUGCAUGUUCGACACGUUCCGGGUACGCACCAACAGCCGCCAGAUAUUCCGGGUGUUCCGCGCGUUGGAAAUCGCACUCUGCGGUAGCCAGGACAUGGCUCUGGAGCAAAGCCUCCAGAGCAUAGAUUUGAUAUGUGCCGCUGAAGUGGAGGAUUUUAGCGAUACCUGCUUCCGGCCUGUGUUGUCGGUACCAGUUGAGGAUAUUAGCGACCCCGGUACUGUAUCCAGCCGUACAACGGUAUCUAUAGACGAGAUUGAUGCGCAUCGUGACCAUGAGCAGCAGGUGUUUAUACUAAAGGAGAUGCCGAAGCGUAUAGUGUCAUACCUCAGCCCGGAGUAUUCCCAUACAUUCAGUGAACGCUACCAGCGUGAGCGUUCUCGGAACGAGCAUAGUGAAUACUGGGCUGGUAUACUUAAAGGACGUAAAUUGGAUAGCGAGGCCGCUAACGAAGUGGAGACCAUUGACUGGACAAUUAAGUGUUCGAAGGUAUUCAGCGGAGAUGCCUUUGAUGACGGUCCACAGCUAGGCGACGCCAUUAUAAGCCCGAUUGACAAGCGCGCACGCAGGAUGCUAUCAUACACAAUUGGCCAGAAGCUGAGCCAAUGCCAUAACGAUAUUGCAAGCGACGACCCGUUUUAUCAGGUUCUACCCAAACAAAUGCUGCAUCGGGUGUGGAUCAACGAGUCGCGUAAGGUCAUUAACCCCUGUUUUGCUGUGUCUAGCUUUUUCCGGACUUUGUACGGGCUGAUGUCGCCCAGGACCUCACGGGUGGUGCGUGACGUUCUGCACUUACAGUUCCGCGAUCCAGAGUUUGUGCGCAGUCUCAUUAAACUUACCGCCUGUUCCUCGUUCUUGGAUGCGAAUAUUACCGCUAAACUGUUUAAGCUCGCUACCCGUGCUUUGUAUAUAGACACCUUCCUACAAGCUGAGUCAAUGGAUGCCAUAGUAGUUUAUGACGUGCUGUCCAGGUUUGCAGCUGGUCUUUGCGUGCCCUUAUCGGAUGUUACAGCCAGUGUCAGCGUGGAGUGGGUGGAUGCCGGGAUGACACAUGUACAACUAGUUAUCCUGCGUAUGAUACAAAUGCUAUCAACAUUUUGCAGGCAGCUUCCGUGGGUCAAGUUUUCUAACAUCGCAAAAAUACAGGACCAUUUCGUGGAGGAAUGUGUCAUCAGGUGCGUACCGGAGCAUGUAUUACAAUUUACACUUGGUAUUAUGUUCCAGGUAGUAGCGCUGGAAACGAGUAAUAGCGUAGGCACUUACGUGUCACAUUUGUACACCUCUCCACUACUGGAGCACAUACGAGAGGCGUGUGCUGACCUCGCAGUUGCGGUAUCAUGCUCCGCCAAGAACACACACUACAAACAUGUGCUACACGCCAUAAGUGAGCAGCGCGGGUCCAACAACUUGCUAUUACGGCCCAGCUUCGUCAGCGACUUGCUGCGCCGCAUACAGCUGGCGGCCCUGGCGCGGCAAUUCCAGAAUAAAAUCUCACAAGGACGAGCUGAGCGCGUAUUGCUAAUGGACGAUAUAUGGUUGAUCACAACCCGUGUACACAACGCACUUAUCGCAGUCACAUCACGAGCCAUAUACAUAAUCGGAGCUGGAGAGCCCAGCGAAUUCGAUAUUAAAAGCAAGUUCAGCAUAAAUGCAGCAGUCAUAGAAGUCGAAAAGGGACUUCUACAUGUUAUACGCCACAGGAAGAAGGCAAUCGCAAUUACACUUCGGCAUACACCCCCCGCAGAGUUCCGAAGGUUCGUCACCGAAGGCGACCGCAGCACUAUGAGCACGACAGUAGCUCAACACUUGGGUGAGCCCCUGACGUAUUUAGGUGCGUGCAAACACGAGCAGCGCUUCUGUUUAGUGGCAGUGACGAACAAUCACCUGGCCAUCUUUGCGCUGCGGUACCAGUCAGUGCUAGAGACUGAUGAUCCAGAAAAGGUACUUGUCACCAGUGAAUCUGAGGAAAGUAACGAUACUGCAACUGAGCCCAUUAUGCAGUGCCUGUGCUAUGAAAUAUCCAAGGUUGCAUAUAGCAGUGACCUCGGGGUACAGAUUACACUGGAAAAAAGGACAGACGACAAUUGUUGGGAGCUAGUGUUCGUAUCUGAUAGCAGAAGGGAGGCUUUCAAGAAGGCACUGGCACAGUCGAUAGGACACCUGGAGUGGUUCAGACACUGGGAAAGUGGCGCCGACUAACCUACACGCAU